AUGGGUGGGAUUGGUAGUUGCUGUUUCGGAUUUUGUCUUCUGGUAGUUCUUAUAGGGAUUUCUUCGGGAAUUCGCUAUCAACCAACAUGGGAAUCAAUUGACAGUAGACCGCUUCCUGCUUGGUAUGACCAUGGUAAAUUGGGAAUUUUCAUUCAUUGGGGAGUAUUUUCUGUCCCCAGUGCUGGUUUUAAUUCUCAAUCAGAAUGGUUUUGGACGUACUGGAGACAAGAAAAAUUACCUGCAUACGUGAAUUUUAUGAAAAAUAACUAUCGACCAGAUUUUACCUACGCAGAUUUCGCCAGAGACUUCACAGCAGAAUUCUUCGACCCAAACGCAUGGGCCGAACUAUUCCAGUCGUCUGGAGCAGACUACAUUGUUUUUACGAGUAAACAUGGCGAAGGUUUCACAAACUGGCCGUCCAAUAUAUCAUUCAAUUGGAAUUCCAUGGAAGUUGGUCCUCAAAGAGAUCUAGUUGGAGAACUUAUGACAGCCAUAAGGACAAAAACAAAUCUACAUUUCGGUUUGUAUCACUGUCUGUAUGAAUGGCUUAACCCUCUGUACAUUAAUGAUAAAGCCAAUAACUGGAAGACAUAUGAUUUCGUUAGGACUAAAGCUAUGCCUGCCCUUUAUGAGAUAGUUAAUAAAUACCAACCUGAUAUUGUAUGGUCUGACGGCGAUUAUGAAGCUCCUGACACAUACUGGGGAUCUACCGAGUUUCUUGCAUGGCUUUACAAUGACAGUCCAGUUAAGGAUAUUGUUGUAACCAACGACAGGUGGGGAAUGAAUGAUACAUGCAAACAUGGUGGAUAUUGGACUUGUAAAGACAGAUAUAUGCCCACCAAAGUACCACCCAAAAAGUGGGAAAAUACCAUGACUAUUGAUAAAGGUUCAUGGGGAUUCAGGCGGAAUGCAAAUCUGGAAGACUAUCUUACUAUUGAGGAAUUACUUGCUAUUUUCAUUCAAACGGUUAGUCUUGGUGGUAAUAUGUUAAUGAACGUUGGGCCACAGAAAGAUGGCGUAAUAGCACCAAUAUUUGAAGAAAGGUUACGUCAAGUGGGAGCAUGGAUGGGAGUUAAUGGGGAAGCUAUUAGGGGAACUAAUCCAUGGACGACUCAAAAUGAUACGAUGGUGCCGGAUACAUGGUACACUAAGAAAGAUUCAACCGUUUAUGCCUUAGUAUUAACAUGGCCAUCCAAUGGAGUUCUCAGUUUAUCUGCACCUAUGCCAACUUCAAACACCACGGUUAAUAUGAUUGGAUAUUCUGGUCAGUUUGAAUGGCAGAAGCGUUCUGGUGGCGGUAUUGACAUUAUGUUUCCAAAUAUACCAAUAGAUAAAUUACCAGUGAAAUAUGCGUGGGUUUUGACAUUGUCAAAUUUAGAAAAUGCUUAA